ACAUGUUCAUACGUCAUAAAAUGUAGUCUGCCGUCAUUGCUUGCCGAUUCGGCUAGUUCGUUGCGAGCGGCGGGCAGCACGUACGCCGGCAGUCGCGAUGUUAAACUCAAGAACAGUGCACAAUUUAAUUUUCCGCCUCAUAAAACAAACUCGCGCACUUAUCUUAAAGUGAUAACACACUAUCAACCGUGAUAACUAACCAGUGUGAUAACAGAUAAAUUACGAAGUGGUCGACUGUUUUCUAUGUGCCUUAUUAUGUAAAAUUCCUGAUAGUGCCUUCCGAAGAAACCAUGACAGCCAUGGCGGCUCCUCGCAAGUCUGUCUCGAUCCACGAUUACCCAGAGCAUCUUAAUCCGUUCAGGGAAGAUGACAACCACAACAAGAUUAGAUUCUGGACUAUUGGCCGGAAGAUGAGCAGAUCUAAUAGUAUCACGUUCUCGGGGAUCAAAGAGUUACGAAAUUCUUGGUCUUUGAGGUCGUUUAUGAAGAAAGGGAAGAAGGGUGAGCAAGCGGCAGCACAGAGCAGUAAAACGACCACGAGUAACCACGUGAAUGGAGGAGACAGCCCUAUUGUGUUCAGGCGAGCCAUGCAAUACUCGUCGAUGUCCAGGAGCACCGUGGGCUCGCCGGAGUCGGACCGUUAUGUGUACGGCGGUUCCGUGACGCCGCUGCCACGCUCGCGGUUCCAAGAGCGUUUGAGAUGCUCUCACCAAGAUAUCAGCUCACCAAGUGGCACACCAAGGAUGGCUCGCAGUGACAUCAUGGGGUCUCAGCUGAGUGUGACCAGCACGAAUCCCUUUGAUGAGCCCCCGGUGCCACCCGUCCGAGCCUCGCGGCGGAAGAAGAAACGUGCACCAGCGCCGCCCUUGAACACUAGCGUAGAAGAAUCGGCCAACGUUUCCGUGACUUCGGAAACAGUCGCCUCUGAAACUGAUACUUCUAAGAACGAAGUCGAAGAGGACUUGGAUGAAAUGAACCUCAAGAUUGAGUUGAAAAUUGUUGAAGAUGAAGACUAUAACGUAAACACCUCGGAUGUAAUCCAUGCCAAUGACAUUACCAAUACUGAGUCCAUAACAUCAACUAGUCAAGUCGUAAGCGAAACCAAAGAAACAGAAGAUGAUAUAAACAGAAACAACACUAGUUAUAACACAUCAAAUGUUAAAGAAGCAGAAUCCGAAGAUGAUAUUCUCAACAAGGUUUCCUUCUCCAAGAUCGACAUUUCUAAGUAUCGAAGAAAUUCCAGCGUUAACGAAGACGACAUUAGAUUGCGGCGUGGAAACUUGGAAGACUUUCAUAGUUUAUCGAAUAAAAGGAGCAAAAGCUUGACAAACGCUCUAGACGGAUCAUACAUAGCCUAUGAUAUUAACUUAGAUGAUGAUAAAAAUAACAAUCAAAAUACAGAAGAACCACAAAAAGUAAUAUGUAAAAUUUACGAAGACAGAAAACAAAGCAUUGAUAAUUCUCUAUCAAGUACUGAGAAGGAGUUCAUAGAAAUAGACAAAGCGACAAGAGAAUUAGAACGAGAGAUUAGUAAAUUAAAUUCCGCCCUUAAUGAUGAUGAUUUAUCGUUAAGUGAAAGUAGAUUAUCCGUGUGGGAUGUAAGGCGAAAAUUCGAGAAAAAUGAUGCGUCAUCCCCAAAUCCUAUACCAAAACCGAGACGCAGUCACUACGGUGAAUGUAGUUCACCAAUAAAUAAUCACGUACAAUCUUAAUAUAGCUAAGAAACUAAUGAGUUUUGAAGAAAUUUAUAUACAACUUUUUAAUUUAUUCGAGUUAGAUCUCACAUGGGUUGAUGCAAUGGUUUUUAAACUAAGUCAUCGCAAGUUAUAAGAUUUAUUAAUCGAGGUGCUUUUGCGACUUAAAGAUUUAUGUAGAUAUAUUAUUUAAACAUU